AAAGGGCAAAAAGAGAAAAAAAAUAUCGUAGGAACCUCCGCUGUUCUCCCUCCCUUUCCCCACACCCUCUCUCUGAGCACACUUGAAGCAAAGGAAAAAGGAGGAGAAGAAGAUGGCAUCAGAGGAGCAGGUGAGGGCGUCUCACAUCCUGAUAAAGCACGAGGGGUCGCGGCGGAAGGCCUCCUGGAAGGAUCCCGACGGCCGCAUCAUCUCCGCCACCACCAGGGACGCGGCCGUCCGCCAGCUCCACGCCCUCCGCGACGACAUCCUCGCCGGCAAGGUCCGCUUCGAGGACGUCGCUGCCCGCCACUCCGACUGCAGCUCCGCCAAGCGCGGCGGCGAUCUUGGUUGUUUUGGGAGGGGACAGAUGCAGAAACCCUUUGAAGAAGCUACCUUUGCCCUCAAAGUGGGUGAGAUGAGCGACAUUGUGGACACAGACAGUGGCAUUCAUAUCAUCCUGCGAACUGGUUGAUGACCAGGCAGCCGGCCUUAAGCUUGGGCUUGGCCUUUCCUCGCUAUUUGCAAGCUGAUGCCUUCUGAUUUCUUCUUUCAGAGUUAGGGGCUUUGAUAUCAUUUUAGCGCUGCAAAAUCCUUGAAACUUUUUUCAUAUAAACGUGGUCGAUGCAGACUUUGUGUGCUGAGCGGUCAAUAACAAGAUUUGACACUGAAUUGCUUCCUCUGUAAGCCAUCAACUGUAAACCUUUGUAGAGUAUCUGGAAAUUGUCAAUUUCUUGAUGUUGUUAUUAUAUCCUCCCAUAGCAUCUCCUCCUGUAGGAUCGUGGCACAUGUGAUGCUUGAUAGAGGUGAUAUGGACUUGGGGAGAGGUUGGCGCCUAUUAUAGACUUGGGCAGAUUACAGAUGCAUACAUGGACUUAGCUUGAUUAUAUAGAACAUAUGGACUUCUGAAUGGGAUGGACGGCAUCGGAUCGGUUGAUCUCAUGCCUUCUCCUUUAA